AUGUAUCCGACUCGUGUCGAGGAGGCCGUGUCCCUGGCGGUACCGUCGGGUGCGCGUGCGCCAGAUCUACGGCAGGCUCCUCAAGACAAACGGCGGUCGGACAAAGAUUGCGAUUUCGAAAUCUUCAUGAACGGAGAGGCUCGGGGGGGUUACAAUUACAGAAAGAGCGUGUUGCGUCUUGUGUACUCGUGGCACCUGACUAAACGCCUGGGGGUGAAGGCCUAUCCCCAUCCCAAUAUGACUAUUGAGGCCUGCAGUAAGGCUCUGGCUAGUGUGGUCUGCUCACAGGCCAUGGUUGCUGCAGCCUGCAUGUACGGGAAGGCCAUGUUUCUUGUAAAGACCAAGCAAGCGGUCCAUCUGUCCGUGGAGAAGGGGCUCAUUGUGGGCAGGACAUACCUACCCGUUGACCCAUUGGAGAUCAUGGCCCAGAGGGUUGUGAUCUCUAAUGUCCUGCCCUUUACUGCAAACGAGCUCUUUCUCCCCCACCUUCAAACACUGGGGGAGAUCCAAUCGGGUGUCCAACCACUCCUGCUCGGUCUGAAGGACCCCGCCCUCAAACACAUCUACUCCUUCCGGCAUCAGGUGUUAUUUACCUGGCCCGGGAGGAUGUCACAGAGGGCUCCUUUACGCUCCUUCACAAGGGCGCAGCCUAUCGCAUCUUCUGGACAGCGUGCGGUGUCAGCUGUGCUGAUCUUCAAAGAUCAGGAGCGUGGGACUGAAGUGCAGCCAAAAGCAGGGGAGAAGGUUUUUGAGAAAAUCAAAAUUGUGACAGGUGCAACUGCUGGGAUUGGAAAAGCUUACGCUCAUGAGUUGGCAAGAAGAGGACUCAAUGUGGUGCUGAUCAGUCGGUCGUUGGAGAAGCUGAGAGCCACGGCAGAUGAAAUAGAACAGCAGCAUGGCAAGAAAACAAAGAUUGUUCAGGCAGAUUUUAAUCAUGGCACUGAGAUCUAUGGACCAAUUGAAGCAGCGCUGAAGGAUCUGAACAUUGGAAUCCUGGUGAACAAUGUUGGCAAAACCUACCAGAUGCUUCCAUGUUACUUUCUAGAUGUUCCAGAUGUCGAGAAGGCAAUUCUUGAUAUUAUGAACUGCAAUGUACUCUCCGUACUGAUGAUGACGAAAAUUGUCUUGCCUCAACUAUUGAAAAGGAAAAAAGGCAUCAUCAUCAACAUUUCUUCAGAAGCUGGGGCUCACCCACAUCCACUUAUCACCAUGUAUUCAGCUACUAAGGCCUUUGUUGACUUCUUUUCUCAAGCAUUGAAUGCAGAGUACAGGCCAAACGGGAUUAUUGUACAGUCUGUGUUGCCUCUCCUGGUCUCUACCAACUUGACGCAUGAUCAAGAACCCAAUCUUUUUGUGAAAAAAGCUGAUGACUAUGCCCGGGAAGCUCUGAAUACUGUUGGACUAACAGAGAAGACAAAUGGCUGCUUGUCCCAUGCCCUCCAGCAUUUCUUCUUCGAAAGGCUGUUUCCAAGAUGGUUCCGACUGACCGAGUUCAGCAUAAAAAACAUGAAGAACCUUUGCGAAAGGAGAAAGCCGCUCGUGGAGAAGUGGAGGUGGAAACAAAAGACUGCAUAGUUACAGUAUGAUUUGAAGGGACUUAGGUGUUGGGGGAGAGGGAGUGUACAAUUUUUAAUUUCAGUAUCAUUGUGUGGUUCCCUUGUCAUAUGGUGUUUUAUGAUUUAGUGCAAGUCCGUCUUUAACAUUAUCCAAUCAACUCUUUGGAACUUCAGAGGAAUGUUUAAAAGCAUGAAAUUAGAUAAAUUGUUUCCUAUAAGCUGGAGUGUAUUCUUGUAUUGAAAUUUGUAAGUUUCUAAACAUACAUGUGUAGUGAGCAGUUAGAAAAAAAUGCAGUCUGUGCAAGGUUACCUAAAGAUAAAACAGUGCAUGAUUACCCAAAAGGACUGCAAAAUCAAAUGUUACAACUGGCUUGUUAGCUCAUGUGAAAUAGUAUUCUGUAUCCUGUUGCAUGGAACAAUUUCCUGGCAUCUAAUGUAAUCUUGCUUUAAUAACUUAUCCUUCUGAUUGUCUACCUAGUUUAAAUGAUCUAUCUGAUUGGAUCAAAUAAAACACCUUUUUUAAUUGGGAUAUUUAAAAUGAUUCAAAGCAGCUCAAAAACAAACCUUAACACACACACACACACACACUUAAUACUGAAAAGUAAUGAUAGUUUAUGAAUGAAGUGGCUCUCCUAUGAAGUUUCUCCAAAGGAAGAGUUUACAAGUUUACUUUCUAAUCCAUGCUGUCCCCUGACCUGGGCAUGUUUGAAGAAAGAUCUGUGGAGAAAGGUGUUUUUUCUGUACUGUACUCCAUCAGUAGUUGAUCUUCCUAAGAUUCAAAGUUCCAGAACAAAAUGCAGUCUUUUAAGUGGAGUCUAAGGUUUGUAUGACUGUCACACAACAUCUAUUCUUGGGAAGGCUGGAAUACAAAGGCCAACAUUCUUGUAUAAAUUUACUUUUGUACCUGUCCACUAGCUUUUGAAAACUGUAUGCUAAUAGUUUGUUUGCUCUGCAAAACACAACAUAUACAAUAAUUUUAAUCCCCAAAUUAUACCAGAAUCCUUCUCUAUAUUGACUAAUAAGCUAUUGUUACUCCUAUGAAAACCUACAUAAUUUUCAUAUUAUCCUUACAGAAGCCAUGUAGCUGUACACAUCAGAAUAGUUAAUAGUUCCUUCUGUUAUUGUGAACCUUAUCUGUCACUCUACAAUUGCUAAGUUUAUCUUUUUAAGCCAACUAACCAAUUGGUGCCAAUGACAUCACGAGCCUUGACCAUAUCAAGUCUCAAAGUCUAACUUUUCCAAAUGUAUUCUGGUAAUCCCAGAAAGUUCUGUUUUUUUUUGAAACCGAUUAGUUUCAGACAUGGUUGUAGGUGAACAAGAUGAGGCUAUCUGUUCACAUAGGACAGGAUUGAGAUUUAGAUAAGAAAUAUUAGCAUUACAUUGAAUCUGGUUGGUCAGUUCAAAUCAAAGGAUGAAGAAAGUUCUCUCCUUAAAACACCUGGGGAGAAUGUUGUUUGGAACAACAAAUGAUAAGCUUGAUCACUUAAGCUCAAAGUUUGACACAACAUCAUUUUAAAGUUGCUCUGCUAACCUUGAGGAGAAAGUUGGAAGUAAUAUAAGGUUUGAGUUGCCUUUGGCCUCAGCACUCAACGUAUCUGUCUGUCUGCCAAUUCUAUAUGGUUGUAAAUGGAACUUGAGUCAUGAUUACUUUUAUUAGAGUCACUUUAGAUUGAAUAUGCUACUUCUAUACUUUGCCUUGACUACAAGUUAUCAAAGGUUUAAUCAACCAAAUCUGAUGCUAUAAACUGUCAAAUGUUGAAUCUCGCUGUA